AUGGUCCCACUCUCACUCACGCUUUACCUUCCCUGUUCUGACUGCCACUCCCAGUCACGCCUGCCACUGGCUGCACACGGCACCUGGCUCCUGGUCUUCCUCUUCACGCAAGUCCAUCCUCACAAGGCAAUUUCACGGUCUGCAGGGCACCCUGGCUUCUCCAUCUCUGCAUCUCUGGAGACCUCCACACCACUCCGGAGCAUUUCAGAAGCGUUUACGAGCAUCGCGAAAACCCUCAGGCAUCUCACGCCUGCUGUUUUGGACAAGUGGAUCUCAGUCUUCGGGGAAGUGACUGCAGUCCAGUCACUGCUGCCCUGCUCCGGCCUGAGACGAUUCUUCCACCUCCAGUCUGGACUCCUGCCAGCCUCGUCAUCCAUCUCCACUCAUCUGCCGACGUCCUCUUUCCAAGACGCUGGUCAGAACUUGUUCUUCCUGCUCACCACCUUCACGAGGUCCCGGCUACUUUCACCAAAGAACCAAGCCCCCUCGGCUCUCUUGAUCCUGCCCUGCCUGCUGUCCAGCCUCACCUGCUCUGCCAUCCCCUCACACUUUCCAGUUCCCCGAAAUGCCACUGUCCCAGUCAUCUGUCAUAUCUCUGAGGCCCUGGAUAUGCUGUUCUUCUUGACUGGAAUUCUCUUCUCCCCGCUCCUGCCCAUCUGCUAACUCUCAGUCAUCCUUCAAAACUGUGCUUGGAGCCAAC